CGACUGUAGCCAAUGCAUUUCAAUUUUGUUUUAAAUUUUUGAUGGCUCGAGUAUACUCUCUCGGCUUCAUCAUCCAGGUCAGUCAGUUCACACCACACCAUAAUAUACUUUGUUUACCCCUGAAAGCACAACCUCUCCGUCCUCGCGUGCUCCAGACCCAAUGCCAAAAAAUCUACAAAAUCUGCCCCCGUCCGCUUCGCAUUUCACUACUCCUCUAGCAUAUUCUACAGGUGGUGGAUCAAUCCAUAGGACCUAUACUACUGCACCAUGGCUUCUCACGACUCGUCCCUUUCCUCAACCUCGUCUUCUUCACUGACCUCGCCCGUCUCUUCUCCGACACUUUCUUCCAACCAGGAGCGUGACCUAUGCGACGGCUCACUCGAGCACCCCUACGACUUGAUAUGUAUCGGAUUUGGGCCUUCAGCUCUUGCUAUUGCUGUUGCACUCAUGGAUACUUCUCCUGAAGCGUUGUCGAAGGUUCUCUUCAUCGAAAAGCAACAGAGAUUUGGUUGGCAUGGUGGCAUGUUGAUUCCCGCCGCCCGCAUGCAAAUCAGUUUUAUCAAGGAUUUUGCGACUCAGCGUGAUCCCACUUCUCGCUUCACAUUUCUCAAUUUUCUGCACUCGAAAGACAGGUUGAUCGACUUCAUCAAUCAGUCUACUUUCUAUCCUUUGCGUGAAGAGUAUCAAGAGUACAUGAGCUGGUGUGCGGAUCACUUUUCAAAUCAAGUGGCUUACGGCGAAUACUCUCAGUCAGUGACCCCAGUCGACGGUCCUAACGGCGAUCAUGGAAAGUCAGAAGAGCCAAUCAAACUUCUGAGAGUCUCCAGUGCUGUCAACGAUCAGGGUGGUAAUAGGGAUCGGUAUGCCAGAAAUGUCAUAGUCUGCACUGGCGGUCAACCGAAGGUCCCUGGCUUCUUCCCCAAGAUCUCUCGUGGACCAAUCACUUCUACCGGAGGGCGUUCUGGUGCAUUGUCCGAAGAUUCUGACAAUAGUCUGAACUCUCUGAUGUUUCACUCUUCAAGUUUCAUGUACGUGAUGCCUCGUCUGGUAGCUCAUGCGAACAAGGGCCCUAUCAGGAUUGCCGUCAUAGGGGCUGGCCAGUCUGCGGCGGAAAUUGCAAUGCAUCUGAUCUCGAAUCUGCCUGAGUCUUCCGCGGUGGAUAUGAUCUUUUCUUCUCGAGCACUGCGGCCUGCGGACGACACCCCGUUUGUCAACGAGAUUUUCAAUCCAUCGGCGGUAGACGAGAUUUAUGCUCUGCCACAAUCCGUGAGAUCCAAGGUCAUUCAGGAGGACAAGGGAACAAACUACAGCGUUGUCCGUUCUGAGUUGAUUGACAGACUAUACGACGAGCUGUACGCGCAGAAGCUCCCAGGGCACUCUGCUAGGUUAGCUAUACUGAAUAGCCGAAGAGUUUCUGAUGCAUCUGUUCUCGACGGCAAACGAGUCCGUCUUGAGAUAGUCGACAAUCUAUUUGCGGACUUCAAACGUGAUCAGGAGCUUCAGACCGAGAUCAAGGAGUAUGAUUAUGUGAUUGCAGCAACGGGCUAUGAUAGAGUAUCGGAGAGUGGAGCCCUGCUUUCUAGCCUCAAACAAUAUGUCAAGCUGAUGGAUGAGAAUGAGCCGGCAGUCGAUCGAGGAUAUCGACUGAAACUUGAUAGAGAGAAAAUCGAGGCGAGCGUGUGGGUUCAAGGGUUGUGCGAACAAAGUCAUGGGCUGAGUGAUACGUUGCUCUCUAUUCUCGCUCUACGUGGAAAGGAAAUCGUUGAUCAGCUCUUCAAGUCGGACCUGGAGACCUCUUUCCGAAAACUAUAGAUUCUAGAGUUAUUUUUUAUAAUAUCACAUCAUCGUUACCAUACUAUAG